GCAUAUAUAGAUGGGCACAUACAUGCACGUACCAGGAUGUCCACCCCCAUAUGUUAUAUUAUGCGUCUCAGAGAGACAGGCACCGCAUAUAGUCGGCGAACAUACGUAUAUAUGUUGUAACUUGGGGUGAAGGCAGCGAAGAGAACCAGAGCACACACACGGGUAAUUCCAGAUCGUCGGUCGCGAAUUCUGCUUGGAGGGGUCUACGCCCGUAACGAACGUAACCUCGUCAUGCGGACGGGGCGCAUCAUGAGGGAGGAUGCCGACCCUUCCGAGGCCGAGGCCGAGACAUUUCAGAAAUCUUCUUCGAAACCAUCUUUCUACGCCUCUCCCUUUUGGGCGCCACCACCGUUCCUGGGGUAUCAUCGCGGCAGCCACAACGUUACCCUCAACUCGUGUUUGAGGCGGACUGCGCCUACCAGGAUGACGGCCAAGUCACAAGAAGAGGGAGUGAGAUAUGAAGGGGCCAAGGAAUUGAUUGUCAUCCGGCAGGAGAGACCCCCAAGGGGCCAACCUGAUCCAGUAUGUCAGAUGAUCGCAGACAAUCUGUGGGUUUUCAUCGCCCAUUGGAAAAGAAAUGGGAGGGAUGUCUGUGGAUGCUGGAUUGGCUCACCGCAACUUGAUAGUACUCAGAAAAUCAAGGAAAGAGAAAAGGUCUUUUAUGAGUGGAUGGCGAUUCGGCAUUGGCGCGAUCAUGGAACAGACAUCGCCAACUGUGUCCAUCCGCGCAUAAGCGAACCUGCUUGCAUCCAUGGUCCGAGUUGGCUGUCCAACAUGGGGCCCUGCCCACCCUUGUCUGACAAAAGGUCAAACGCGACUGAGGCCUUCAAGGGCAGGACCAGACGAAAUGUACAACGUAAUGAGGUUGGCGCCCCACCCCACCAUACUAUGCAAGUACGAGACAACAAAAAGAGGCCUGUGUUCGACGACGCCCGCCGUUACGGUCCUUGUGACGACCCAGUGCGCUGGCAUUGGGGUCUCUUGUCGGAAAGCAAGCAGCACCCCAUUGCAUUGCCAGUGACUAACUACCACUGUCCCGGUGUCGGCACCGACUGGGCUUUGACCCACCGUGACCUUGCCGCUGCACCACAAUGCUAA